AGCACCUGCACCUGUACUCCUGCAGCUCUGAAGACUUCAGACACAAAGACAGGACACGUCUCUCGUCUCCGUUUGGAUUUGACUGGACUGAAGACUCAAAAAGUGUUUGGCGAUGGCAUUACUGAAGAUGUGGAGCAUCCCGCCCCUCGCUGCUCUCCUCCUCCUAUCCAUCGUUCCCACUGGAUCCAAAGUGGUGGAUUCAAUGUCAGAAUGCGCAGAGUUUCUCCUUAACGAAACUCCACCGAAUGUCCCAGGAAUCCUAGAGGGAGGGAACAUCCAGGACCAGAACAGAUACAAACCCAUUUGCCAGACUUUCCGUGGCAUUAAACGUUAUGUGACGCUCUACGACACGAAAAACAAGAUCCCAGUGUUUUCUGCUUCCAAGUACAUCGGGACAAACAGCACAAGACCUCGUGAGAAGAAAGAUUGGAAAAUAGAACCCCAGCUUGAGGACAUUCGUGACGAUGAGAACAUGAUGAUGGAUGUCAAUGGAAGUACCUACAAUAAGCAGGCUGUGGAUUCUGACUACAUCAACCACUACACCAAGCGAGGGUUCGACAGAGGGCAUUUAUUUCCAUGCUCUUACGCCUCUACAGUAGAUGAUAAGAAUUCUACCUUCACCCUCACCAACAUUGUUCCACAGAAUGGUUUUUUCAACAAGGGAAGCUGGAACAAAAUGGAGAUCUGCAUCAAAUGUGUUCUGGAUGAAUAUUGCAUCAAUAACAACAAUAUCAAAGAAGGCUUUUUGGUCAUUGGAGCCCAGCCAGGCAACAACAUCAUUUCAAACAAGGUUAAUGUCCCGUCCAUGCUCUGGUCUGCGUUCUGCUGCUACAGUCACAGUGAAAACAGGUGGCUAGCAAGUGCCCACUGGGGCCCAAACAUCGAUGGUAGAGAAUAUCUGCAGACCAAGACCUUGGCAGAGCUCCAUAGUGAACUGAGCACAGCGAGCUCAGCAUUUGAAGUGUUUCCUGGAACACAAUGUCCUCUCCACACAACUGUCACUGAGUUUUACCCAAAACUAAAUGCUGGAAAAAAACAAUGCCAAUGCCCACCACCCAUUCUGACUACUUCUGCCGCUCCAAAUCUACGGCCCCUACUUUUCUCCAAAUCAAACGAGCACAGGUACCGUUCAAGCCACCAAUGCAUCUCUUCCAACAUCCAGUGUUUCUCAGUCAAACUCCACAAGUACUCCGACUUCAAUGGCUUAUCGCAUCAUCUCCACUCAUCGUCCGCCUUCCCCUUCAGCCCCUGCUCAAACCUCAAGGCCUCCGACGAUGAUCAAUCCUCCUCUUCCUCUUUCAAAUUCCUCCAUCCUGUGUCCGACUCUGACACAAUGUUUGGAUGCAGUUGA